AUGCAAAUAAUAAAAUUAGCACUUCCACAGAUUUUGAAUGUUAUGUUCUCGAUUCUCUGUAUCAUUUACCUGCAACUUAGAGGCUAAAUAAUCAAUUUACUCAUUCCUUAAAUAAUAUUUUUAGCUUUCGGAAUAAUUUUUACUCUUACAGCCAUCAGAAAAACUACCUAAAACAUAUAGUGUAAAUAUAUCUCAAUAUCAAUCUUUAUAGAAAUCGAUCAUUCUCCAAUGUUUUUUACGAUAUUAUUGCUUUUACAAUUUGCAAGCCUAUUGUAUUUGAGUGAGGAUAAUUUAUCAGAAAAUCUACUAAGUUUACUCUUUGGAAACAUGCUCCAACUCUAAAAAUUGAAAUCAACUGAAAAAAAUGAGAAAAAGCAAUUUCUUAACAUCAAAAUCCUGCUUUAGGCAGUUGCCCUUUUACUUAUUUUCAUUGUACUUAUUAUAUUCAAACAUAUGACCAAUCAUAUUGAAUAUUUCAUCAUAGCAGCAAUCAUGAUCCUUAUAGUGUGUUCAUAUGAAUUUCUCCUAUCGAAUAACAAAAAUUAACCCCAAUAAAUCGAAUAAAGCAAGACUAUCGUAUAAAGAAGAGUCAGUGUCCCUAUUCAAUCAUAGUAUCCUCCUCAAAAUCCAUAAAGUAUAUGGGAAAAAUUCAUCGAAUAACAAUAUAUCUUUGUUUCCUAUCGAAAUAAUGAAGUUGUAAUUGAGAAAAUGAGUUCAUCUUUAAUGUAAAUUCUAAAAGAAAAGACUUUAACCAUUGAAGAGUAUUUGAAAAAGAUUUAAUUGUUUAAUAUUGCUUUAGAAAGUGAGCAUAUCUUAACAAAUAAUAUGUUACUCAAUUAGUCAACCAAUCUAUAUUCAUAUAUUAAAGAUUAGAUUAUUGAUGAAAAGUAUAGCGCAGUAAUUCAACGAAGGAAAUCAUAACGAGACAUUAAUGAUGACCAAUAGUUACAAAAGUUAGUGUCUCCACAGAAUGAAUAGAGAUCAAGGUUACAAUCUGUUUAGAAAAGCGAGGCAAAUUUAUAAAAGGGAAAUACAUUAAAUUUAAACAAUAGUUCUUUAUAGGUAUAUUUGUAUAUAUAUAUAUCAUUUAAGUACAUCGAUAGAGAAUUCUUAUCUGGAUCUGUGAUGAAAAACUUGGAUAACUUCAUUGCUAAACCUGCCGAAAACAAUAACCAAGUGCCUACCAAAAAACCUUUAUAUGGAAUCAUUCAAUUUGAUAAACCUAUUUAUAAGAAGAUAUAGUUUAAUUAUUGGAAUCAAGGGCUGAUCAUUUAAAUGGAAGAUGAUUCUAUAGAGAACAUUAAAACAUGUGCGAAUAAUGUUUAGAAUGGAUACAAAACAGAUGUCACCCAAAAACAGAUUCAGAAAUUACUUCAAAUGAUUGAAAAUUUGCAAUAGAAGUUUAACAAUCUGCUCAGUCCUUAAAUGAAAGAGAACAAACUAUUUUGUUAAGCUUAACUGUAAUUGUACGUGGUUGAUGUGUCGAUUCAUAAUUUUUACUAUUUUCUUUGUGAUGGUUUGGCAUUUCCAAAAUAAGAUCAAUUAAAUUUAAUCAAAUUCUUAAAAGCAAUCAAAACCAAAUUCAGUCAGGAUACAACAGUAGUCGAAAAAAGUAUAGACAUUAAAAUACAAGAUGAUUUGACCAACAAGAUGAUUACUACUGAUGUUAGAUAUCUUCGAUAGAUAGUGGUCAAUUUAUUAGUAAAUAGCAUUAAAGCAUACAAAAAACCAGACAUCUCAAACAUGGUGUAAAUACACGUUAGUCAAAUAGCGAAUGAAGAUAUAAAAUUUGAAAUUUAUGAUAAGGCAAGUGGAUUUCCUCAACCAUUAGAUUACAAAAGUAUAUGAUUCUUAAUAUUUAAAAGGAGUAAGCGAAGGCAAAUUAGGGAUAUUUAUUGUAUAAAAGUUGUUGCCUUUAAUAUCCAAAAGUCCAAAAUUAUAUUUUAAAACUGUACAUUUUGAAAACAACUAAGCAGGAUCAUCGAUUAGCUUUUUAUUACAGAGAUAAAUGAACCCAAUUAACAAUUCAUUACAAAACUCUUCGAAUAAUCUACUGCAACAAGAGAAUUGUAAAUUAGCUUAAAUACUCUAAUCUUAACUAGUAACUUAAUAAUAAGAGUUUAUAUGA